GUCGUCAUUCGUGAGUAAUAUGUUCUGCGCAGAUGCAAGAACGACGAAACUAGCGAGGUAGAUUGCGUUGAAAGAGAUCAUCUGGGACUUGGCUUUGGAGAAGGUUCGGGUUCAGCUUGUUUCACGUAGCCCCCCGCGUCGCUCUUAUAGACAUCGUGCAAAGGAUGGGAAGGCAGAUGCAACAGUCUUUCGUGGGUAGAAGUAACGCACGUUCAAACAUGCAACACAUGUAAGACUGGGAUUUUUAGACGAGACUUGGGGGAGGGUGUGAACGGAGCAUGUGGGAGUCCUCUCUUUUUCAUCUCACAGACAAAGGUCGGUCGUUGAUGCGACGGCAGCGUCAGGAGAUAUGAUUGAGGCGGGAUCCGAACCGUGCGCCUAAAGCCUCGAGGAUGAUUGCCGCAAGCGAGCAAAAGAAAGGACGGACGAGCAGGAGGAUUUGCAUUCAAGUGCGACAUCGUACGGCGCCUCACGAAGAGCCGGAAUCGUGCUGGGAAAGGAUGAGUACUCUUGUCUGCAAGAAGUGCACAGCAGACCAUGCGCCAAGGCCCCACGCGACGAGCGGUAGACACACAUGGGCUGAAACGUGACGCGGACACACGUUGCCUUCGUGCUCACACGCCAUCUCUGACGGCCGUGACGAACCUCCUUAGCUAAAGUUAGGCUAGCCUCAAUCUCACGGAUCGACUAUGGGUGGCACCACUGCCGGAAUCGGUGACUCACGACUUUCAUAUUGCGACACUCUCCACCAUCCUGCUCCCCGCUAUGAAUGGCCGUGACUCCAGCUCUACGAGACCCCCGCGGCGCUCCGGAAUAUCCCUUGCUUUCGCGUCGCAUUCCCGGGCACAAGGUUCGCCGACGGGGAAUUCACGAAGGAGUAGAGAGGCUGCGGAGACCGAGUCGCUCGCGGAUACGCUGGUGGAGGAGAAUGCUCUCGCAGGCCAUGGUGACGGUUACACAACAGGACGCGGCGGCCUAGGCAACUAUCACCCACAUCCCGCACCCGCAUCGAUUCCCGUACCCUGUCGACACUCUCCACAACCCCCACCCCUUGAAGAACCGGUUCCUGAGUUCCCCUGGCCUCGCGGCCGGGAUCGCACACAACGUCGUGGCCGUGGCAACGCGCCGUUCUCCUCUGCGUCUACCACGGGGCGGGGCGGGUACGGAAACAUCGCACACGGGACGACGACACAUCAUCAACUCGAGUGGGCGUACAGCGAGCGGGAACGAGAGUUGCUGGACGCACAUAUUGCGAGGCGCAUAGCUAUCCCGUCGCCCGGUCGUGGUGGCUACGGCAACAUCAGCUUCGCGCGCAGUCUGCAGCAGCAGGCCGUCACGGAGCAGGCCGCCCGCUCGCGCUCGAUCGAUCCCGUCGCGGCGCCUGUGGGAGUGCGAUUCGGUGUCCCUGCGCACAUACUGGGCAUGCGCCGGGACCGGCGCAGACCCAGUCGGAGCCCGCCGGACCGUGAAA